AUGACAGCAGGAUUUCAAAGAUUUGCGUCUGCUACGCAAACAGAAACGGAUGGUAAAAAUGACGACCACCACACGAAAAACCCAGACACCACGGCCUCGGCCUCAUCCGAACAAAAAUACGCUAUCAACGCACACGGCCAAGUGUUCAAAGUGCCUGAUUACACCAUCAAGGACGUGCUUUCGGCGAUACCUGCCGAAUGCUACCAACGAAGCUUGCUGCGGUCGCUAGGCUUUGUGGCACGCGAUAUCUUGGGGAUGGUCUCGCUUGCGGUUGUCGCGCACCGGUGGGCGGGUCCUUGGCUGCAAGCGGCCGAGGCACCCUUGCUGGUGCGUUUCCUGUUUUGGAACGCGUAUGCGGCAGCUCUAGGCGCGUUUGGCACCGGACUGUGGAUCAUGGCCCAUGAGUGCGGCCACCAGGCGUUCUCCGACUACGGAGCCGUCAACGAUUUUGUUGGAUGGCUUCUACACUCGUAUCUGUUGGUGCCUUAUUUCUCCUGGAAGUACUCGCACUCCAAGCACCACAAGGCCACCGGCCAUCUGCAUCGCGAUAUGGUGUUUUUGCCGCCCACCAAACAGGAGUUCUGGCAGACUCGGGGCUGGGCCGCGGAACUGGCGGAAGUCACGGAAGACUCCCCGCUGCGCACACUAGCAGAGCUAGUGGCGCAGCAGCUCGGCGGCUGGCUGAUGCAUCUGGUGACAAACGUCACCGGACAACGGUACCCAGACGCGCCCGCAUGGACGCGUAACCAUUUUUGGCCGCUGUCGCCAUUGUUCGAGACCAAAGACGCGCUGUACAUUGUGCUGAGCGAUCUGGGGAUCUUGGCACAAUGUCUGGUGUUACGUAUGUGGUAUGUGCGGUUUGGAGCAUGGUCUGUGGCUAUCAACUGGCUAGUGCCAUAUCUGUGGGUUAAUCACUGGCUGGUGUUCAUCACGUAUCUGCAACACACAGACCACACACUUCCACACUACGAUCAGUCUCAAUGGACGUUUGCCAAAGGCGCAGCGGCCACCAUCGAUCGUAGAUUGCCAUUUGUGGGACCACACAUUUUCCACGACAUCAUCGAGACUCACGUGCUGCACCAUUUUGUGAGCCGGAUUCCAUUUUACAAUGCACGUCCUGCGUCUGAGGCCAUUCGUCGUGUCAUGGGCGAACACUACCGUUCCACGGACGAAAACAUGUUUAAAUCGUUCUGGAAAGUGGCCCGUGGAUGCCAGUACGUCGAUGGUGACAACGGGGUCUACAUGUUCCGUAACGUCAACAACCAGGGCGUGGGCAUGGGCUCUGAUGGCGUUACGGAAGAGAUCAAGCGCUAG